ACCGGCCCAUGAGGGCAGGAAUAACUAACCCUCCGGCCGGUAACCAGGAAGUAGUUCCCCUUUUGGUUCGGUACCGGGGGACAGAGACAGCGGGAACCGCACUGCUACAAACAUAGAAACUCCCCGCCAGCAGCGUCUCCCCUCGUCCCCUCAUCCCCUCACACUCCGCCCUCCCGGCUGGUACGUGCUGCGUCACCGCGCUCAUAUCCCGCCUGACGUCACGGUAUCGCGGGAAGUGACGUGCGCACAGGCUGCCCGGCAGGAGCCGAGGGGACACAGACAGGCGGCCGAUCCGCGUCCCGCACCGACUUAUGUGCAGCGGGGCUGCCCCCAAUAGCGGGACUCCGGGCCGGGAUGGUGCAACAUGAGAGGACCUGCUGCCCGUAGUGACAUGGCCACCUCCUCCGAAGAAGUCUUACUGAUCGUUAAAAAGGUGCGGCACAAGAAGCAGGAUGGGGCCCUCUACCUCAUGGCCGAGAGGGUCGCCUGGGCCCCGGAGGGCAAGGACCGGUUCACCAUAAGCCACAUGUAUGCAGAUAUCAAAUGUCAGAAAAUCAGCCCCGAUGGGAAAGCUAAAGUGCAGCUCCAGCUCGUGCUCCAUGUCGGCGAGACCACCAACUUCCACUUCUCUAACGAUGCGACUGCCAUCAAAGAGCGAGAUGCCGUCAAAGAGCUUCUGCAGCAGCUGCUCCCCAAGUUCAAGAGAAAAGCCAAUAAGGAACUGGAGGAGAAGAACAGAAUGCUGAAGGAAGAUCCUGUCUUAUUCCAGCUGUAUAAAGACCUAGUUGUGAGUCAGGUGAUCAGCGCCGAGGAGUUCUGGGCCAACCGGUUAAGCCUGAACUCACUGGACAGCAGCGUGUUGGCGAGCAAGCAGGACGUGGGCAUAUCGGCGGCGUUUCUGGCAGAUGUUCGGCCACAGACUGACGGCUGCAACGGACUCCGGUAUAACCUGACGUCUGACAUCAUUGAAUCCAUAUUCCGCACGUAUCCUGCAGUGAAGCUGAAAUACGCAGAGAACGUGCCGCACAACAUGACUGAGAAGGAUUUCUGGAAGCAGUUUUUUCAGUCUCAUUAUUUCCACCGGGACCGGCUGAACACUGGCGCCAAAGACCUGUUUGCAGAGUGCGCCAAAAUGGACGAGAGAGGUCUAAAGUCGAUGGUGUCUCAGGGAGUGAAGAACCCGAUGCUGGACCUCAUGGCGCUGGAAGACAAAUGCUUGGAAGAGGGCUACGGAAUCUCGUCGGCACCGUCCACCUCCAGCACCAAAUCCAUCAAAGAGAACAGUAAUGCGGCCAUCAUCAAGCGCUUCAACCAUCACAGUGCCAUGGUGCUCGCCGCCGGCCUCAGGAAGGACGAGGCGCAGAGUGACCAAUGCAGCGAGACCAGCAGCACCGACGGCAAUUCCAGAGACUCGGAUUUCUUUCUGCCUCCUGUCAAAAAGGUGAAGUUACAGGAGGCAAUAGAAUAUGAAGACUUGGACCAGAGUAACGGAAUGAAACCCCUUGUGCUGAAUCUGAAGAAAUCUGACAGGUAUUAUCAUGGUCCAACCCCCAUACAGUCCCAGCAAUACGCCUCCAGCCAGGAUAUUCUCAGCUCUAUCCAUAGUAUUAAACAACAAAUGGAAAACUAUACCCCAAGGCUUACUCAGGUUCUGUCGAGCGGUGCUGCUAGUAGUACGACUGCCGCUCUGACCCCGGGGGGAGCGCUGAUGCAGGGUGUGACUCAGCAAGCCAUUAACCAGCUGGUGCCAAACGACAUCCAAUCAGAGCUGAAGCACCUGUACGUGGCAGUUGGGGAGCUGCUGCGCCACUUCUGGUCCUGCUUCCCGGUCAACACCCCCUUCCUAGAGGAAAAGGUAAUGAAAAUGAAGAGUAACUUAGAGCGGUUCCAGGUGACCAAGCUGCGGCCUUUCCAGGAGAAGCUCCGGAAGCAGUACCUGGGGACAAAUCUGACGGGGCACCUGGAGGAGAUGCUACAGACGGCCUACACCAAGUUCCACACGUGGCAGUCCAGGCGAAUGUUCAAGAAGACGUGAGCGCCUCCCUGCCAGGCUGCGCAGUAUCCCACGGCCUGCGUGGGGCCAAUCCCUUCCCGGCGCGCACGGAGCGGCUGGUAUCCUGGCGCAACCCCUGGCACCGCGGCCGGACAAUGAAUGGCACCGGAACCAAAGCCGAGGCGUGAGAAGAACGCGCCACGCCGCCGUUUCACUCAGGGGCCCCUUUCCGUUGCCCGCGGGUCUCUCUCUUCUCUCGCGCCAACCGCCAUGGAUGCAACUUUGGGUUCUUUAUUCUUUUCCUUUUUGUGGCGCAGGGUAUGUGGGUGUACGUCUCCUGUGGGGGGGCCCCGGCUGUACAUUUCCUGUGGGGGCCCCGGCUGUACUUGUGGCACAGGGUAUACGCCUGUACAUUUUCCUUUGGGAGCCCGGCGGUACCGGUUCUGUUUAUAUGUUCUUUUUCCUUAGAUAAAGCAGAGUCAUUGACUCUCAGCUGCUCAGUUUAACCCUUUCUGUUGCCCCCCCAAAGCAUUGUGGGUGGUUUGUGCUGCAGGACCAGGUCUGGUACCGUAUGCGAGAUUCUGUGGCGCAGACUGAAUGCUGAUGGGUGUCUCUGAACGGACCUCUCUGCAAAUUGCUAAACCCGCUGCUCACGUUCUGCUCCAUCCGGCGAUCUGAUAAUCACCUGUGACGGAGCUGCCUGCCCGCCAUGGGAACCUUGCUGCCAUUUUGGGGGCAGUGCCACGGAAUAACUUGAUCCUACUGACAAGUCUGUAUCGGAAGCAGAACCGUAUUCCCCCCCGACCCCCCCACUAUCUAUGCAGAAAUGGAAGUAUAAGGAGAAUUUGGUGGGUUCCUGGGAGAUGUUGCCCGGGAUAUUUCUGUGCAUUCCCCCCCAGUGCAGACACGUUGGCAUGCUGUGGCAUCUUUUCCCAGUGGGUGGGUGCAAACAAACUGGUAACGUGGCAGCAUAACAGCAAUGAACCUGGAACUGCUGGGUUUGUUUUUUGUUUUUUUUAAUAAACUGUAAUUGCUUAAAUUUA